AUGGCUAUGGGGGACUCUGUUGAUGUGAUCCAGAAGAAGAUUUAUCUGGGUGGAGCCACGGAUGCGGAGUGCACCGUGCAGACGGACCAGCCGGCAGUGCUGGUGUCGGACCACUAUGGGACUUGGGCCAUCACGGAGCAGUCCGGUGAACCGGCGACGGGGAAAUACGAGGCGACGAUCCGAGUUGUAGCAGGUGAGAAAUUGCUGAUUUUCCGUGGCUAUGCCAGCCCGAGCAUGCCUGACAUGCUGACGGAUCUGCGUGCCACCUCGUAUGAUGUCCUGCGAAAGAAGCCGAAUGCUAUGUGGCUGAGCAAAAUCAUGAUGCAGGUGAAGCAUAGAGCCUGGAUCGUCUCCAUUGCCUUGUUGAUUUUUGUACUGGGCUUGACUCACAGUACCAUCCCCUCUUUGUGGGAUGCUCUGGUGGGUGAAGCCCUUCCAUGUUUGAUCCCAUUGCCGGACUGGGUGGACAAGCCCGGGUGCAUUAAUGACGUCAUGAUGACCGUGACCAACUCCUCGAUGCCCACCUGGGGCUUCUACGACAACAGCACGGAUGUUCAGACCCCGGCCGACGUCGAACUGUAUUCCCAGGGCUACUGGACCAUCAUGUCCUAUUUCGUGGGUUUCGCCUUCUCUUCGCUCAUUUACGGCAUGCUCUUUUGCAGCCUCCCUCUCAUCGUGCUGCAAGUGUGGUCAGCCGGGAACAGAUUGAACCAACUCAACGAUUUGUUGUUGGUCCAUCAGUGGAGUAUUGGAGGACUGAAGCAUCGCCAAGCGUUGAUGCUCUACAAGCUUUACCAUCUGCGUGCCAGCAUCUCCCAUCUUGAUAUGCGCAACUUCUACGAGCUGGACACAUACCCAGACUUCUUGCUGCAGCCGGUAGACAACCCGGCUGCAUCCGACACAUUCUUCUGGUGGUUCCGUACCCGCGCUGCGAUCUUUGCCGACACCAGCUGGACGUUGAUGCUGGUGUCGCCGUUGCUGUACGUCGGUAUCAUUCUUGUGAUCGCCAUUGUCGUAGGCACGAUAUUGCUGGAAGCCACGGGUGGUAUGGUGUUCCCACUCGUUGCCUACACAGUCAUCGACGGAACGUUCUUCGGAGUCUUUAUGCUCGGGUUCAUGAUCUACGGCGCGAAUGUCAAUGAUGCGUUGUCGCUGGCGGGACCCUUGCUCAGCCAGCUUCCUGAGGUGCAAAAUAUCGCACUUCAAGAUUUGCUUGCCUUUGAGGGGGCACACACCAUGCAGCUGACUUUUCUGGGAAUGCAAGUAGGCACUCGAAUGGUGUAUUCCUAUGCGGCAGCGCUGUCUUCAUACAUGAUUUCCAUCCUCAUCUCUGUCCUCAAGUCGCUCUUCGUGCCGUGGAUCUUUCAGUUUGAGCCGCAAGAGUAG